GAGCUAUUUUUGAUCAAAUGCAGUUCAAAUUAUAAAAAUACACAGUGAAGUGGCCCUUUAAUACAUCACCAAAUAGGAUUCUCAAAGUAGACUACCAGCAUCAUUAUCCAGUAGCAGUUCAAAGUUAUAUUUCAUUGCAGUGCUUGAGCAUUGCAAUGAAAUAUGACUAAAAAUUCAGAGAUGCAGUUGCUUUAUUGGAAAAUGUUCCUGUUCAUCUUCAUAUCUUUUUCACUGCAACUGAACCCUUUUUAUUGUUUAAGUUCCUAAUGAUUUAAAUGUUUUACCAGAAGCAAAUUUGAUCCAAAUUGAUGGAUGUUGCAUGUUUUUCUUAAUGCAAGAAAAUCAAUUAUUUGAAGCCCAGAUGCCAUUCAAUCUAACUAGAUUGAUGGAAGGAUUUUAUAGCAACGUUUCUGUUGUGAAGGAAAAAAAAAGAGAAAAAAAUUAACAAAACUAUUUGCAGUAAAUUGCAACAAAAAUUAAGCACAUUAAAAAUAUGGAAAAAAUAUGAAUUGUUGCACAAAAAGAGAAGCUGCAAGCCUUGCAUUGCUUCACUUAUAAACAUUUUUGCUAUGACUGUUCUUCAGUUUAGCCCAGAGUCUCAAAUAGUUUCAAUCCGCCCCUGGGAAACAUCCUGAGCAAGUCGGAACUUGCGAAAAACCCCGCAAAGGAGGAGUCACGAGGCGCAAGACACAGGAAGGAAGGACGGGACGUACAUCUACAGACUACGUUUAUGGAGUGGCGAUAACAGAACUGUACGUUUGAUAACUUUAGGUGACUGACAAAGAGUUUAUUAUCCGAUUUGGAUUUUACUCACUAUCCGGAUCUACAGGACGCACCGGCCGGUCCGGAGGUGGAAUUGAGUCUGCGCCAAAGGAAGACUAAAGAACCAACAAUUCCCACUGCUUUAAUGUUUACAGUUUGAAUUCCUGAUGGCUACAGAAAAAACAGAGAGAGGCUUCUCCUUGCUGGAGCGCAUCCAUGUGAAACCAGGGGUAAUGUGAGUGCCACCCCCAACCAGCAUGGUGUCAGCCUUUUCAGAGAUUCAGGGUGCACACAUGCCAUUGGGCCGGAAGAAAGGAAAGGCCCUCUGCAUGUUGAUGAUGAUCAACAUCUUCAUCUGUGUUCUGGUGGGCGUUUCAUGGAAACUUGGGCACAAACGCGGUCCGAAGGGGAUUCGGAUUCCAUCAGAGAGGUUCUGGCACCGAACGUUAAUGAGCAAAUCCUUCUGGAACAAGGAGCAGCAGCGCUCGGACAUGAUUAACAACCCGCUUAUCAACGCAGAACUCUUUGGAGGCUCCUUUAUUGCUCUGCCGAAUUGGAUUAAUGAUACCGGACCUCUUGACCCAUGUGAAGCAGAUUACCGGGUCCCAAUGCAGGUUUUGGACUACAACACCCUACCAAAGCGGUUCCAGGACUUUCUCCUUCACAUGCGCUGCAGGAUGUAUCCGAUGCUGAUAAAUCAGCCCCACAUCUGCGAUGAAAAACCCUUCCUUCUGCUCGUGGUCAAGUCGCUGAUGCCGCAUUUCGACCGGCGCCAGGCCAUUCGCCAGACAUGGGGGCACGCUGGCUUCUUAGCCAAUCGGAGUGUGGUGACCGUGUUCCUGCUUGGCAGUACUUCAUCGGUGGACAACUUCCCCGACCUGCAGGAUAUGUUAAACCACGAGGCUAAGCUUCACAAAGACCUGCUGCAGUGGGACUACAGGGACACGUUCUUCAACCUCACCCUUAAAGAAGUCCUUUUUCUAGAGUGGUUCAGCACGUACUGUCCUCACGCUCAGUAUAUUCUCAAGGGUGACGAUGACGUCUUUGUUAACACCUUACGAAUUAUUGACUUCCUAGGAGGCCUGUCUGAGGGCAAUGGCAAAGAUUUGUUCAUAGGUGAUGUUAUCAAGAACGCAGGUCCGCACAGAAACAGAAAACUGAAGUAUUUUAUCCCUGAGAGUGUAUUUGUGGGGCAGUACCCGCCUUACGCUGGCGGUGGAGGCUACCUGCUCUCUGGGAAUUUAGCAAUACGUCUUUCCAACAUUUCUCAGCAGGUAGUCUUGUAUCCCAUUGACGAUGUCUACACAGGGAUGUGUCUGGAGAAGCUGGGCCUGGUGCCCGAAAAGCACUCAGGAUUUAGGACGUUUGACAUUGAAGAGAAGUACAGGGACAACCCAUGCAUUUACAGAAGCCUGAUGCUGGUUCACAGUCGAACACCGCAGGAGAUGCUGGAGAUCUGGCCGUGGAUUACUCACCCUGAGCUGAGCUGCCAGUGACCUGUUUCAACUGGUUUUAAAGUUGUCAGACAAUCUUCUCUGUAUUUCAUUGAGUAUUUUAAAUGUGUUUUGUUUACUGCUUACUGCUGUCAAUCAUCCUCAUAUAUGAGCUGCACUCACUCUCCCCCUUUCUCUCUGCUACCACAAAGGAGCAUAACUAUGCUCGUUAUGCUAGCAUGACCUAGCAUAACGAGCAUAGUUGGUUAUGUUAACUAUGCUAGUUAGCAUAGCCAAGCAGUUUUCCUGAAACUGUAAGUUGUUCCUACAAUAUUAGCACAUUUAACAGAACGUACAUGAGGAUGACUGACAGCGCUAAGACACUCCUCCUGGCUCUGAUUGGUUGUUUUUGACCAGGAGCUGUGCAUUUCUGCUGAUUCUAGCUUAAGGAGGAGGUGGAGGAAACUGAUCUUUUCACAGACUAUCCGUCUUAUGCUGUACUGUCACGACAGUUUUAACAAAUAUGUAAAGAACAUAUUUUUGCAAAAUGCGACUUUAAAGUAAUUAUACAGUUUUAUUGAUUUAAAUAGGAGUAUUUCAUUAAAGUACAAGAAUUAAAAUUUUA